CUCCAAUUUAAAUCUGUAACACACCCCUUUUUUACAGGUGGAGCAGCAUCAUUUAUCAGAGGACAAACCAGGAAACAGUUUGUUAUUCUCCGUCACUGCAGAGAGACAGACGGACUGAAAAACAGACGAUCAGAUUCACCUUCAGACCAAACUAACAACUUCCUCUGAGUUCAGCUACUGGAGAGAAAAGUGGAAACUACAACACUGCUGCUUCAACCUGCUGAUCCUCCACCCCCUGAAGGUGGAGCAGCAUCAUUUAUCAGAGGACAAACCAGGAAACAGUUUGUUAUUCUCCGUCACUGCAGAGAGACAGACGGACUGAAAAACAGACGAUCAGAUUCACGUUCAGACCAAACUAACAACUUCCUCUGAGUUCAGCUACAGGAGAGAAAAGUGGAAACUACAACACUGCUGCUUCAACCUGCGGACCCUCCACCCCCUGAAGCUUCACUCAGAGAGACAACAUGGCUUCCAGGUCAGAGGAAGAUCUCUGCUGUCCGGUCUGUCGGGAAGUCUUUAGAGAUCCUGUUCUUCUGUCCUGUAGCCACAGUUUCUGUAAAGCCUGUCUGAAGAACUGGUGGACGGGGAAACCAACACGAGAGUGUCCAGUUUGUAAGAUAGAAUCUUCAAGAAGAAAUCCCCCUUGUUACCUGGUGUUAAAGAACCUGUGUGAGACCUUCUUACUGGAGAGAGAUCAGAGAUCUCCAGAGGCUCUCUGCAGUCUGCACUCUGAGAAACUCAGACUCUUCUGUCUGGACCAUCAGCAGCCAGUGUGUCACAUCUGCAGAGAUUCAGAGAAACACACUGACCACACAAUCAGACCCAUCGAUGAAGCUGCACAACAACACAGGAAGGAGCUCCAGAAAUCUCUGCAGCCCUUAAAGAAGAAACUGAAGAUCUUUGAAGAAGUUAAAGUGAAGUUUGAUCAAACAGCAGGACACAUGAAGGUCCAGGCUCAACACACAGAGACGCAGAUUAAGGAGCAGUUUAAGAAGCUUCACCAGUUUCUAGAAGAGGAAGAGGAGGCCAGGAUGGCUGCACUGAGGGAGGAAGAGGAGCAGAAGAGGAGGAUGAUGGAGGAGAAGAUGGAGGCUGUGAGCAGAGAGAUAGCAGCUCUUUCACACACAGUCAGAGCCACAGAGGAGGAGCUGAGAGCUGAAGACGUCUCCUUCCUGCACAACUACAAGGCUGCAGUGGAGAGGCUGCAGCGCCCCCUGCUGGAAGAUCCACAGCUGCCCUCAGGAGCUCUGAUAGACCAGGCCAAACACCUGGGCAACCUCAGCUUCAACAUCUGGAGCAAGAUGAAGGACGUGGUGUCCUACUCUCCUCUCAUCCUGGACCCAAACACUGCUAGUCCAUUACUCAUCCUGUCUGAAGAUCUGACCAGUGUGAGACUAGGAGGAGAGAGACAGAAACUUCCUGAUAAUCCAGAGAGGUUUGAUCAUCACCGCUGUGUCCUGGGCUGUGAGGGCUUUAACUCAGGGAUUCACAGCUGGGAUGUCCAGGUUACAGACAGUACAUACUGGGUACUGGGUGUGUCAGAAGAGUCUUUCCAGAGGAAGGGACGCAUAGAGUCUGGAUUAUGGAGACUAGCAUUCUAUAAAGGUGAAUACGCAGCAUGGUCACCAUUAGGUUCAGACACUCCUCUCAGCCUGAAGAAGAAGCUCCAGAGGGUCAGAGUGAAUCUGGACUGGAACAGAGGAAAAUUGUCGUUCUCUGAUCCUGACACUAACACACACAUACACACCUUCACACACACUUUCACUGAGAGGAUGUUUCCAAUCAUUAACACUGCAAAUGAAGUGAAUAUAUCACCACUGAAGGUGUGUGUGACAAUGGAACAGAAGAGAUAGAAAUAAAGAGUUUGUUUGUGUUUAUUAUGUUGUGUAUUUCCUUUAAUGGAUCAGUCACUGAAUGUAACUUAUCAAUUUGAACCUGCUGUAGAAUUAUGCCAAAGAUAGGCUCAUUUUAUUACACUUGUGUGAAUUGCUGUGUAUUCAAAAUAUCAUUUACUCUUUGUUGUGAUUUAGAGGUGUUUUUUUGCCAAAAAUACACUAAAAUCUGCAAUUCUUGGCUAACAUACCUGCAUGAUUCUUGUUGUUCUGAAUUUUUAUCUUUAUUGCACUUAUUGUAAGUCGCUUUGGGUAAAAGCGUCAGCUAAAUUAAAUGUAAUGUAAUUUAGUUUAUUUUUCUAUUGUCGAGCUUUACAUCUGUCAAAUUAUUUCUGAUCUUUAUGUUUGGUUCUACUUUUCUAUUUAAUGAAUUCAGUCUCAUUUUAAAAAUGUGUUUAUCCUUUGUU